CAGCCUGCAGUUCGCCGCGAAUAGAGCGACUGAGUCCCGCCUCUUCCUCUGAUGUACAUCCGCAGUUGGGGUAUCUCGAGGCAUCCGGAAACUGUUCUUUCUCUUUUUGUGAGUCGACUCGUGUGGCAGCCAUCAUGGUGUUCAAGCGCUAUGUUGAGAUUGGCAGAGUUGCUUAUAUUUCAUUUGGACCACAUGCAGGAAAACUAGUUGCAGUGGUUGACAUCAUCGACCAAAACAGGGCCCUAGUUGAUGGCCCUUGCAGUGGUGUCAGAAGGCAGGCUAUGCCCUUCAAGUGCAUGCAAUUAACUGAUUUUGUUCUGAAGUUUCCUCACAGUGCUCGUCAAAAAUGUGUGCGAGUUGCCUGGGAAAAAGAAAACAUUAAUGAGAAAUGGAAGGCCACCAGAUGGGCAAAAAAAAUUGAGGCUAGGGAAAAGAAAGCCAAGAUGACGGAUUUUGAUCGUUAUAAGGUCAUGAAAGCAAAGAAAAUGAGAAAUCGGAUCAUCAAGCAUGAAGUUAAAAAGCUUCAAAAGGCAUCUUCUAUCAAGAAAGCAUAAAUUGUCAACAAGUAACACUUCAAUUAAAUAUGCACCAAACACGA